AUGGAAGACAAAAUGAACGACAAGAGUAUCCUGCAGUCAAGACACGUCGAUGCCGCGAAAAAGUGCAACCACACUACAGAGAUACUACAGCAGUGGUGGCAAGUAAAAAAUUAUGUAUAGAAGAUGGCGCACUAUUGCAUGACCACAGGAGGCGUGCUGUCGCUUUUUGGAGAAUUUUUUAUGCCGUUUGAGUUUGUCAUCUUUGUGCGCGUUGUUCUUCUGAAUGAUGCGAUGUUGAAGAAACCGGCGUAGAAGGGUAGAUGAGGCCGCUUAUCGCGAUAAUGAAUGUGUCGUGUUUUCAAACUGCAUACAAUUCUUCUUCAAGGGGAAGAAGGACAAGUUCGAGAAAGCUGACAAGAUCAUACUGGAGGAUCACAACAUAAAUUAUCCACGGAAAAAAAAAAAAAUAUCUCCAUCCACUUUGUCAUGCAGAACACGUGUAAAACUUUUGUUUGUCAUGCAAAAAAUGGAUGGGGAUGGGUUUUUUUCUGCGGAUAUGAAUGUGGCCACAGGAGCGACCAGCAUGGCAAAACCACAGAAGAACGAAAAGCAGCAAGAUCAAUUCCAUGUCGACGAGAAUGACCCGUACGCAGAUUUCAAGCUUGACGACCUUAUCCUGUGUAAAAGUAUCGUACUCGUAUCGCAAUCAUGCAUUACAAAUCUUGUUCUUAAGGCAAAUCUGCAUUACAGAUUUUAUUUUUCACGCCGAGGUGGAAAUUUGUAAUGCAUUUAUACGAGUGCGAUACUCUUUCAAUUCAUAGACCUGGACAUGCAGCAACUCGAGGCCUGUUUCGACACCUUUGGUCUGGAAAACCUGGACGGGUUGGAAACCCAGACCCG